CGUCAAAUUUUCUAUCGAUGUUUUGCGCUACUCACAACAAAAUGCCUGUUAGAAUUUUGUAAAUGCGAACUAUAUUUGUAAUGGAUAAUUUGUGUUAUUAUUAAUACUAGGACUUUUCAUCACAUAAAGUACAUUAAAUCAAUUGUAUAUAUGAAAAGCAUUCGCUAUGACGGAUCGUACUAUUGCGUCUCGUCCCAGCCUGGAGCAGGUAACAGCCAUCGUAGACUUCAUGGAGAAGCACCCUGCACUAGGGCUUGGACAGCUCCGUGGACUGGAAGGCAGAGACGAGAGCAAGAAACUGUGGUUAAAGUUAACUCGCGUUGUCAAUAAUAUUUCUGGACCUACGAGGCCUAUGAAGUCUUGGAUCAAGUACUGGGCUGACAAAAAAUCUACAGUAAGAUCAAAAGUACAAGGAUGUGGUGGGGAUCCAAAUAGCCUAUGUUCUAACAUUGAGAAGAAAAUAUGGGAUGUUUUCUUAGCAAAUGAUAAUUCAAGAACAAAUCGAGGUGCUGUGAAACAAGAAUCUCAUUAUACUGAAGAUAACUUUUUUAAUGAGGACAGCAUGGAUCAGAACCACGUUGAAUCCGAUCCGGUGCUGGCGUUCGAGGAACCCGUCGCCGAUGCUGAGGAGAGGCAAAUGGCGGUAAUGGAGAAACUGGUUAAAGUAAUGAGCGAUCAAGCGGCUGCGAUGACUCAGUUGGCUCACGCGUCUCACGUGAACGCUCAGGCCAUGGAACGGCUUGCGGAAGCGUCACACAUACAGGCUCGAGCGAUAGAGCGUUUAGCGAACACGUUCGACACGAUCAGUGCGGCGACGCACGACGUGCGCAACGCGAUCGUCGACAUCGACGCGACGAUGAAGCGAUUCUAUUCAACGUCGCCGACUUAGCAUCGGUACUCGCGUAUAUGUGAUCUGAACUGUCUGCUCGAGGACCGAGGUGACUUGUGAAUUAACGUUCAACUGUAUAUAUGUAUAUCGAAGGUAGAUUUGUUAUACCCGUCUACGUUCAGCGCGAUUCGUAGACCGCGUGUCCGAAGUGUAUGUUACAGUAUGUAGACGUUAUGUGUGAGUUGUAUUAUAGUAUUAAUAUUGAGUCAUUUUAAUAGGUAACAUUUGACGUCUGUCAGUUUUUUUUUUGAGGGAUUUUAUGAUCUGGUAACUAAGACCUUUAA